AUGGCGGAACCUUCCCAGGCCUCGACCCCGGCCCCGGCCGCACAGCCCCGUCCCCUUCAAUCCCCAGUCCCUGCCCCAAUUCCGACUCCUGCUCCCAGUCCUGCUUCGGCUACAGCUCCAGCUCCCUCUUCGGCACCAGCACUCGCCUCAGCUGCAGCCCCAGCCGGGAGCACAGGGACUGGGGGACCCGGGGUAGGAAGUGGGGGAGCCGGUAGCGGAGGGGAUCCUGCUCGACCUGGCCUGAGCCAACAACAACGCGCCAGUCAGAGGAAAGCGCAAGUCCGGGGGUUGCCGCGCGCCAAGAAGCUUGAGAAGCUAGGGGUCUUCUCUGCUUGCAAGGCCAAUGAAACCUGCAAGUGUAAUGGCUGGAAAAACCCCAAGCCCCCCACUGCACCCCGCAUGGACCUACAGCAGCCAGCUGCUAACCUGAGCGAGCUGUGCCGCAGCUGUGAGCACCCCUUAGCUGACCACGUGUCCCACUUGGAGAAUGUAUCUGAGGAUGAGAUCAACCGGCUCUUAGGGAUGGUGGUAGAUGUGGAGAAUCUGUUCAUGUCUGUUCACAAGGAGGAGGACACAGACACCAAGCAGGUGUAUUUCUACCUCUUCAAGCUCCUGCGGAAAUGCAUCUUGCAGAUGACCCGGCCCGUGGUGGAGGGGUCUUUAGGCAGCCCCCCAUUUGAGAAGCCUAAUAUUGAGCAGGGUGUGCUGAACUUCGUGCAGUACAAAUUCAGCCACCUGGCUCCCCGGGAGCGCCAGACGAUGUUUGAGCUCUCAAAGAUGUUUCUACUCUGUCUUAACUACUGGAAGCUUGAGACACCUGCUCAAUUCCGGCAGAGGUCCCAAGCUGAGGAUGUAGCCACCUACAAGGUCAAUUAUACCAGGUGGCUCUGUUACUGCCACGUGCCUCAGAGCUGUGAUAGCCUCCCCCGCUAUGAGACCACUCAUGUCUUUGGGCGGAGCCUGCUCCGCUCCAUCUUCACCGUUACCCGCCGGCAGCUGCUAGAGAAAUUCCGAGUAGAAAAGGAUAAGCUGGUACCCGAGAAGCGGACGCUCAUCCUCACUCACUUCCCCAAAUUCCUGUCCAUGCUGGAGGAAGAGAUCUACGGGGCCAACUCUCCGAUCUGGGAGUCCAGCUUCACCAUGCCACCCUCAGAGGGGACCCAGCUGGUGCCCCGCCCAACCACUGUCAGUGCAGCGGUUGUCCCCAGCACCCCCAUCUUCAGCCCCACCAUAGGUGGGGGCAGCAACAGCUCCCUGAGUCUGGAUUCUGGAGGGGCUGAGCCCAUGCAAGCAGGUGAGAAGAGGAAGCUCCCAGAGAACUUGACCCUGGAGGAUGCCAAGCGGCUGCGAGUGAUGGGUGACAUCCCCAUGGAACUGGUUAACGAGGUCAUGCUGACCAUCACAGACCCUGCUGCCAUGCUGGGGCCCGAGACCAGCCUGCUGUCAGCCAAUGCAGCCCGGGAUGAGACCGCCCGUCUGGAGGAGCGCCGAGGAAUCAUUGAGUUCCACGUCAUUGGCAAUUCACUGACGCCCAAGGCCAACCGACGGGUGUUGCUCUGGCUUGUGGGGCUACAGAACGUCUUCUCACACCAGCUGCCACGCAUGCCCAAGGAGUAUAUCGCCCGCCUCGUCUUUGACCCGAAACACAAGACUCUGGCCUUGAUCAAGGACGGGAGGGUCAUCGGUGGGAUCUGUUUCCGCAUGUUCCCCACCCAAGGCUUUACGGAGAUUGUCUUCUGUGCUGUCACCUCAAAUGAACAGGUCAAGGGAUACGGGACUCACCUGAUGAACCACCUGAAGGAGUAUCACAUCAAACACAACAUUCUCUACUUCCUCACCUAUGCUGAUGAGUAUGCCAUCGGCUACUUCAAAAAGCAGGGCUUCUCCAAGGACAUCAAGGUGCCCAAGAGCCGCUACCUGGGCUACAUCAAGGACUAUGAAGGUGCAACCCUGAUGGAGUGUGAGCUAAAUCCCCGGAUCCCCUACACGGAGUUGUCUCACAUCAUCAAGAAGCAGAAGGAGAUCAUCAAGAAGUUGAUUGAACGCAAACAGGCCCAGAUCCGCAAGGUCUACCCUGGGCUCAGCUGCUUUAAGGAAGGCGUGAGGCAAAUCCCUGUGGAGAGUGUUCCUGGCAUUCGAGAGACAGGCUGGAAACCACUGGGAAAAGAGAAGGGGAAGGAGCUAAAGGACCCUGACCAGCUCUACACAACCCUCAAAAACCUGCUAGCUCAGAUCAAGUCCCACCCCAGUGCCUGGCCGUUCAUGGAGCCUGUGAAGAAGUCGGAGGCCCCAGACUACUAUGAGGUCAUCCGCUUCCCCAUUGACUUGAAGACCAUGACGGAGAGGCUACGCAGCCGCUACUACGUAACCCGGAAACUCUUUGUAGCAGAUCUGCAGCGAGUCAUCGCCAACUGCCGGGAGUACAACCCCCCAGACAGCGAGUACUGCCGCUGCGCCAGUGCCCUCGAGAAGUUCUUCUACUUCAAGCUCAAGGAGGGGGGGCUCAUUGACAAAUAG